UUAAAAGCAGUGUGGGUAACAACGUUAUAUACCGAAAAGAAAAUUUCACGUCGGAAAAUAGCAUCGGCAAUCAGCUCCACAUCUCAAGAUGAAAUCGAGUGUUCAGUUCUCACCAAACAAACACCUGGAGAACAUCAGCAAAAUGUUCAAGAAAUUAUACAAUGACGAACAACUUGCGGACGUCACUUUGUGUUGCAAAGAUGGCAGUAUUAAAGCCCACAAACUAAUUUUAGCGACGAGUAGUCCAUAUUUCCAUCGGAUAUUUACUGAACAUAACCGAGAGCAUCCAAUAUUAAUUAUGCAUGGAGUUUCUUAUCAACACCUUCAUGAUCUUAUCGAGCUCAUUUAUAAGGGCAACGUUGACGUUCUUCCUGAGGCGUUGAAUCCACUCUAUGAAUUGGCUGGCGAAUUUCAGUUAUCAGGAAUAUCUGGAGUGUUGAGGGAGGAAAAUGAAAAAUGUAGUGACACCACGACUUCCAGAAAUGAGACAAACAUUCAUGGCCGGGAAACAAGAUACAAAGGAUUAAAACGUGUUGCUGUAGAUUAUAAAGAUUCUGAAAAUAAAAAUGAAAAUCCCACUCCCGUAAAACGUAUUGAAAGAGAAAACAGCGACUUUUCCAAAAAAGAAACACUGAACUCACUUGAUGAAGCAGUACAAAUAAGCUCGAAUAGUAACAAUGUCGAUGAAGUAACUACAGAUAACGAGGAAAAUACCAUAAACCCAUUUCACCUCGAAGAAGAACCAAAACUGAGUGCUUGGGCGAAGAAACAGCGCAAGUUUAAGUGUGACUUGUGCCCAAGUAGCUUUAAACGAUCUUCCCAUUUAACUCGUCAUCAGCUCGUUCAUACUGGCGAAAGACCUUUUGCCUGUGAUCAAUGUGAUAAAGCGUUCUCUAGACAUGACAAGCUCAAACAUCAUAUUCGAAAAACUCAUGAACAAGAUUAUGAAACUGAUUAUAAGUUAGAAAUGAGUCAUUCUUUGGUUCCGUCUCGUUCCAGCACGCCAUUGCCCUUUGUUAUCUCGCACGUCAGAAGCGAAGCCAUGGACGACAGCUCCUCACAAAGUCCUCCAAAGCGACCGCGCGGUCGGCCUAGGAAGUACCCAGUAAUUGAAAAACCUACCAGUAAACGAGGAAGAGGUAGACCACGUUUAAGCUCUAUCCGACCAGAAGGAAACGGAGAAAAUUACGACAUAACAAACCUGCCUUAUGGAGAUUUAGAAUACCUGACUAUGCCGUUGCAAGACUCUGUAAUCAUUGAACCCUAUGUAGAGAUUAAAACAGAAAAGGACGAAAAUAGUGAAGACCAGGAUAAAAUCAUCAAGGAAGAAAAAGAGAGUGAAAUACAGGAACCCAAAGAAGAAGAGGAGGAAACUAGUCCAAGCCCUACAAAUUUGAAAAUUUUGGAAAACCGUAUUGCCAAAAUUGGGGAAUGUACAAUUUCUGUUGCCAAUCACUGAAAUGCAAUUUACCAGAUACUUUAUGUAACAAAGUAAUUUUAGAAUAUCACUAGGUUUAGUUUUAUGUUUUACACUCAGUGGCACCUUUCAGUGAGUAUUAUUUAAAUUUAUGUUCAAAUUUAUUAAUAAAAUUCUUUA